GACCUUGCAAAAGCGUUGUUAAUCACUUCCGGUUUCCUCCUGCCUGGCUCGCAACAACGUUGGAGAUGAAUCUAUGAAAUCAUAAUUUUUCACAUUCUCGCUUCCCGACUAAAGGGAGGAAUACUACGCAUAUUUAUCCACAUAGAAUAUUUUCUUAUCGUUGCUUGACUAACGCCGCUUUAAAGGUUUGCAAACAUGUCUGCCGAAGAAGCGGACAAACCAGCCAGCACGGAUGCUAACGCUGGGGAUGAAGAGGAAGAAUGGUUGUAUGGAGAUGAGUCUGAGAGCAAAGACGAGGAAGAAGCCAAACCGAAUGCAGCGGACAGUGCACCUGCUGAUGCAUCCACUGAGGAAGCAGCCGCUACUGAUGAUGCUGAUGAUGAUGCUGUUGCUCCUCCUCCUGAUGCUGCACACGCUACGGGAAAUGGCGUGGCUUCAGAGUCACAGGCCACUGGGGAGGCUGCAGGCGAUGAUGUGGAGAGUGACAGCGACAGUGAUGACGAUGACGACGAUGUCCGUGUCACCAUUGGAGACAUUAAAACUGGGGCUCCACAAUACACACCAUAUGGCACCCCACCAGUUAAUCUCAACAUUAAAACACCUGGCUCCAGAUCUUAUGGACAAGUUAAUGCAAAACUGAAAGGAGUCGAUCUUGAUGCUCCUGGCAACAUCAAUGGUGUUCCUGUGCUUGAAGUGGAUAUGGAGUUGUUUGAGGAGAAACCUUGGAGGAAACCGGGUGCGGAUCUGUCUGACUACUUUAACUAUGGCUUCAAUGAGGACACGUGGAAGGCUUACUGUGAGAAACAGAAGCGACUGCGCAUGGGCCUGGAAGUUUCUACUGUAGGCUCGGUGGCGAGUAAAAUCACCGUCCAGCAAGGCAGGACAGGCAAUGAGAAGGAUAUAUCCAGUCUUCCCAUUCACACCUCCAAGCCCGACUUCACAUCUCCAGUCAGUCUGUACAAGUCUGUCACCAGUCAGGUCACCAGGAUCUCCCCCACUCAGUGGACUGGCCCGUCUGCCCAGGACAUGUCCUAUUAUACGAAGUCAAGCGGUAGCAUAGAUGUAAUUGGUGGACAGACAGCCACUAUCAGCAGGGUGGAAGGGCGACGUAGGCACAACCUGGAAGGCAACAACAUACAGGUGAUCUCUGAACGCUCUACGUCAGAGGCAGAGUCUACCACUGCUAAGAUGCCCACUUUCUUUCCUCCUGGUCCACUCCCUCCAAACAUCCCGCCGCCUCCUUUCCUGCCCCCACCACCCAACGUCAGCUCUGCACCACCUCUUAUCCCUCCACCCAGGUUGCCCAUCACUGUACCCCCUCCAGGGUUUCCUCCUCCGCCCAGUGGUCCCCCACCUUCUAUCAUCCCUACUAUGGACAGCCAUGCCGGAGGUUAUGAUGGCCGCGCUAUCCCUCCAUAUCCAUUCCCUCAAGGUGGCUACCCUCCCCCCAUGUCCGGAGGUGUGCCUCCUGCCUGGCCUCCGUUAAUGGAUAACUCCAAACCGUGGGACUACUAUUCUCGGCGGGACGACAAGCGCGACAAGGACAGAGAGCGGCCCCGAGAGAGGACGCAUGAGCGGGAUAGAGAUCGAGAGAGGGAACGAGAGCACAGCCCCUCAGGGAUUGGAUACACCAGUGAUGAGGAGCGAUAUCGUUACCGAGAAUACCAAGAACGUGCUUAUGGAGAUCGUCAUCGCGAGCGGACAAGCCGUGAGAAGGAAGACAGACACCGGGAGAGACGGCACCGAGAGAAAGAUGAGGGACGCCACAAGUCCUCUCGCAGCAGCAGCAGCAGGAGGCGGCACGACAGCGAAGAGGCUGACAGCCACCGGAGGCACAAACACAAGAAGAGCAAGAGGAGCAAGGAGGGCAAAGAGACCAGCGAGGACAUGGGUGCAGACCAAGAGAAUCAGGAGGCCAUGGAGUGAACACAACCUCGUCUUUCCUCCCUCCUUCCCUCCCUCUCGCUGUCUCUCUGUCUCUUUGUCUCUUUGUCCAACCCACCAUGUCACCCACUGAAGAUGAGAAAGAGAAAUGGAGGAGACAAGUGCAGACCAACAAAACUGGGACGUCACAAUGAUCCAUGUCUCCUGUCACUUCUCUAACCAUCAAUCUCUGUUCUCCUGCCAAUCUGUUGCUGUUUUUCCUCGCCACGAGAAUGGAUGCAGCAAAGCAGAUGGUGAAGGAGUAGCCAUUUUGCUGAAUGUUAACAUCAGCUCACCCGCCUUCUUUCCUUUCUCCUCCAACAUAUCUACUCUUUAGGCAGAACAUGCUCAUUUUGUUUCUUUCUCUUCAUUUGUCAAUUUGAAUUUUGUUGUGUAUGAAGACAGAAUUGUCACUUAGUUCCAGAGUUUGUCAACUUCAAUUAAAAAGACACAUUUUUGAUAAGUUGUCUUUUUGGAAUAAUGUAUUUUGUCUUUAAUUAGAAUUAGUAGUUCUGUCUCAAACUUAGAAUGUAGAAUUUUAGUGUUAGAAAAUGGCAUUAUUUAAAUUAGCAAUUUU